CCAAAAUAUGAAAAAAAAAUUGCAAUUCUGAGCCAUCUCGCUGUGAAGUGCCUCACAUCGUCAAAAAUAUCCAAUUCAGAAUGCCUAGUGCUUCCCGGGACUCCGAAAAUGCUUCUGAUGUUGUGCCGCUAGACUGGUCGUGGGCCGUUGACGAUGAGGGGAACAUCCAGCUCUGCUUCCAUCAUUCCCCGAGGAAGAGGCUAGUCCCUGGUACUUAUCGGUCUUCCUAUAGACCUUCUCCAAGGAAACGCCAAACCGAUAUUCCUCCCCCAGUUUUUCGAUACAGCGCGCUACAGCCUACAAAUAACGCGUACCCACCAUCGCCGCCGAAGACGCCAGAACAAGGUCACCAUGUAUAUCCACUUCCACGUCGAUUCACUGCACCUGCCCAAAAGUCUAAGAUCGCAUAUGAGUUCGAUCACACAACGAAGUGUAAGAGUAUCGAUUUUAAAGGCCCAGGCACGGCAUUUUCUGACCUGGACAUUAUUAAAAGCUGGCUUCGAGAGUGCAACCUCAACCACGACUGCAGCUCCCAAGGGUUAAAGACCAUAUCCGACUAUUGGCCAAUGUGGCUUAUUGACGUGGAAGAUGACUGCAUCGUACAGGCCAGCAAAUCCGAGCGAUAUGUUACCCUCAGUUAUGUAUGCGGACAAGUUCGGUCUCUGCAAUUGAUGAAGGAUAACCUCAGGCUGUUGCAGAGACCUGGCGUACUGCGUGAACAGAAUUGCGUUUUCGUCAUACCAAGGACAAUCCGGCAGGCCAUGAACUUCGCAAGAUUAAUAGGAGAACGAUACCUUUGGGUGGAUCAGUUGUGCAUGGUUCAAGACAAUGAUGCGACGAAACAUCCACAGAUCAACAAUAUAGCAAGCAUAUUUGCCAACUCGAUUGUCACUUUCGCAGCUGCAGGGGGAAACUCUGCAGACUGGGGACUACACGAAUCAGGGAACAUCACGUUGAAGAGCAACCGGAAACCUCGCGUACCUCGACAUGAUACUGAUCACCGGGUGCAAGACAUUCACCAUGAUCUUCUGGAAAGGUCCGAAUGGAACAAAAGAGGUUGGACGCUCCAAGAACUGGUCUUCUCCAAGCGUGUAAUCUUCUUUUUCAACGGAAGGAUAACAUGGCAAUGUCAUUCUACGAUAUGGGAGGACUCGUAUCCUGUGCAAACUACCUCCGCUCAACCCAACCAGGAGAUUUUCUUUCCACAAACUCAGAAGUUCCGGUACUGCUCUUUGCCAGAUCUGGGAGAGUAUCACCAACUGGUGAAGGAAUACAACAAGAGAAAUCUGACGUCGACUUCCGAUACAGUUCCGGCAUUCGCUGGUAUUACCUCCGCUUUGUCUACCACGUUUCAAGGCGGCUUUUUGUAUGGGCUACCAGCACAGUUCUUCGAUCUUACUCUCCUUUGGCAACCUCUCUGUCUUCUAAAGCGACGGAAAGUGGAUCUAGACUCUGGUAACGGAGAUGUGCUACCCAGCUGGUCUUGGAUGGGAUGGAAAGGACACCUUGAUCUCAAUUUCUGGGCAGGCUUAUAUGAUUACGUUCGUGAGAAGGAAGGGAGUGGCCGAGGUGUUUGGAGAUGGCCGAAAACUUCACUUAAGAUCCGACCUAUUGUGCGGUGGCACUUUGUUGAUGACAAGAACACGAAAGUGCCGAUUUCCAGUACCGCCUACAAAUUUCGCUCUCUUAUAAAUGACCGAUAUAGCGAGCUCCCGGAUGGGUGGCACCGACAGGAACGAUCAUCUUCGGGCGAGAAGUACGAGUGCCAUUACUAUCACUCUUCCGACCCUGAUACGACUUUCAACUAUCCAGUUCCGAUGGCUGAUACCCCAAUAAAUGCAUCCCCAACACUGCAACCCAGAUAUAUAGCUUGCGAAACAUACAGAGCAUUCUUCAAAAUGGGCGAGCGCUGUUGGGCUCCUCACAAGUGCUUAUCUAUCGAAAUUCUCGACCAAAAGGGAGCGUGGGCUGGUGCACUUCGACUCAAUCACCGACGACGCGACAUUGUUCCUGAAUUGAAGUCGAACACUCGCUGGGAGCUGAUCGCGAUAUCCAAGGGAGUCGCAGAAAACUCUCGGAGCGAAGCAGCAGUACUUGAAGAAUGGAAUCAUCCUAAUAGACCGAGAAAUGGCCGACUCUAUAAGUUCUAUAGCGUGAUGUGGAUCGAAUGGAAAGGUAAGGUAGCAUAUCGGAAAGCCGUAGGUCGAGUCUUGAAGAGUGCAUGGGAUGCUGCUGAGAAAGAACUUAUUGAAGUUGUUUUGGGCUAAUUAGCGCAGGUGAAGCUUGGGUUGGACAUUUACCACUUGUUGUCGUCUUUUCCUAUAUCUCUUGCCCCAUUGGGUUCACGAAUCUAUGUCGCUUGGAAUUUUCAUCGUGCAUUGAACGGUCAGUAUGCAUUGAACGGCCAGUAUGCAUCAAACGGCGUAGUAUAUCCAUUUCUUUUUUCCUUUUUUGCAUAUCAUCUCAUGAUUGGCAACUGCACAUAAUAAUAAUUUGCUGGCGACUACGACACUUGCUCCUCCCUCCUCUCAGC